CCCACUGCCUCCCAGAACUCACUGCAGCCUGGAUAGAACACAGCCUGGGACACACGCCGGGCGAGCCCUGCCUGGAUCUUGGGAUAGUGGUGGUGGUGGUGGUGGUGAGCAAGCACGGGGAAGAAACCAUGUCCCCAGGCUGCCCAGGCCUCUGGGUCCUAGUGAUUUUGGGUACUAGCUGGGGAAGCCUGGGGGCUGGAGCUGCACAGCUGAGACAAUUCUAUGUAGCUGCCCAGACCAUCAGCUGGAGUUACCGCCCUGAACCCAUGGAUCCCAGUAUGAAUCAUUCUGCAACUUACUUUAAGAAAAUUGUCUACAGAGAAUAUGAAGCCUAUUUUCAGAAAGAAAAGGCACAACCUAAAACUUCAGGGCUUCUUGGACCCACAUUAUAUGCUGAAGUUGGAGAUAUGAUGAAAAUUCACUUCAAGAAUAAAGCAGACAAAGCCUUAAGCAUCCACCCUCAAGGAAUUAAGUACAGCAAAUUUUCAGAAGGUGCCUCCUACUCAGACCACACAUUCCCUGUAGAGAAGAUGGAUGAUGCUGUGGCUCCAGGGCAGGAGUAUACCUACACCUGGAGUAUCAGUGAGGAUAGUGGGCCCACACAAGAUGACCCUCCCUGUCUCACACAUAUUUACUAUUCCCACGAAAAUCUGACACAAGACUUCAACUCUGGGUUGAUUGGGCCUCUGCUAAUUUGUAAGAAAGGUACCCUAACUGAGGAUGGAAUUCAGAAGAUGUUUGACAAGCAGCAUGUGCUGCUGUUUGCUGUGUUUGAUGAAAGUAAGAGCUGGAGCCCAUCGUCCGCACUCAUGUUCACCAUCAACGGCUAUGUGAACAAGACCAUGCCAGAGAUAGUAGUUUGUGCCCAUGACCACAUCAGCUGGCAUCUGAUUGGAAUGAGCUCUGGUCCAGAACUGUUUUCCAUUCACUUCAGCGGCCAGGUCCUGGAGCAGAACCAUCAUAAAGUCUCUGCCAUCACCCUCGUCAGUGCCACGUCCUCCACUGCAAACAUGACUGUCAGUCCAGAGGGGAAGUGGAUCAUAUCUUCACUCAUUCCCAAACAUUUUCAAGCUGGAAUGCAGGCUUACUUAGACAUUCAAAACUGCUCCAAGAAAACCAGGAGCCCUAAGAAGUUAACUCGGGACCAGAGGCGGUACAUGAAAAGGUGGGAGUACUUUAUUGCUGCAGAAGAAGUCAUCUGGGAUUAUGCACCUGUGAUACCAGCCAACAUGGACAAAAAAUAUAGAGCUCUGCACUUGGAUAAUUUCUCAAACCAAAUUGGAAAACAUUAUAAGAAGGUUGUCUACAAACAGUACCAAGAUGAGUCCUUCACCAAACGUAUGGACAAUUCUGAUGUCAAAAUAGAUGGGAUCUUGGGUCCUGUUAUCAGAGCCCAGGUCAGAGACACACUCAAAAUAGUGUUCAAGAACAUGGCCAGCCGCAAAUAUAAUAUUUACCCCCAUGGAGUGACCUUCUCUCCUUUUGAAGAUAAAGUCAACUCUUCUUCCACCUCAGGGACUGAUACCAUGAUCCAAGCAGUUCAACCAGGUGAGACCUAUACAUAUAAGUGGAACAUCCUAGAGUCAGAUGAACCCACAGAAAACGAUGCACAGUGCUUAACAAGACCAUACUACAGUAAUGUGGACAUCACACGGGACAUUGCUUCUGGGCUGAUAGGAUUACUUUUAAUUUGUAAGAGCAGAUCCUUGGACAAGAGAGGCAUACAGAGGACUGCUGACAUUGAGCAGCAAGCUGUAUUUGCUGUGUUUGAUGAGAACAAGAGCUGGUACAUUGAGGACAACAUCAAUAAGUUUUGUGAAAAUCCUGAAAAGGUGAACCGUGAUGAUCCCAAGUUUUAUGAAUCUAACAUCAUGAGCACUAUCAAUGGUUACGUGCCUGAGAGUAUACCCACACUGGGAUUCUGCUAUGAUGACACAGUUCAGUGGCAUUUCUGCAGUGUGGGAACCCAGGAUGAUGUUUUGACCAUUCACUUGACUGGACACUCAUUCAUCUAUGGAAAGAGGCAUGAGGAUACCUUGACUCUCUUCCCCAUGCGUGGGGAGUCUGUGACCGUCUCAAUGGAUAAUGUUGGAACUUGGAUGUUAACUACCAUGAACUCUAACCAAAGAAACAAAAAAAUGAGACUGAAAUUCAGGGAUGUUAAAUGCAACCGGGAAGAUUAUGAAGAUUCAUAUGAGAUUACAUAUGAACUACCACCCUCUACAUCCAUGACCACACGGAAAAUGCGAGAUUCUCUAGAAAGCAAACAUGAAGAGAAUAAUGAUGAUUAUGAUUACCAGAACAACCUGGCUUCAGUAUUAGGAAUUAGGUCAUUCAAAAAUUCAUCACUGAAUCAGGAGGAAGAUGAGUUCAACCUUACUGCCAUCGCUCUGGAAGACAACUCUGAAUUUAUCCACCCUGUUGGUUCAAAUUCUUCUUUCCCAAGAAUCAUGAGUAGACUGACUGCUAAUAACUUCACAGAACCUCAGAAAAUUCUCAUUUCCCUAGAAGCCGCUACAACUGGUUCCCCUCUGGAAAACAUGGACUUAGAAAAGAACUCAGUUCUCAACUCUUCUCCAGCAGAGCAUUCCAAUCCUUAUUCUGAAGACCCUAUAGAGGAUCUUCUACAGUCAGAUGUCACAGGAAUACACCUACUUCCACGUGGUGCAGAAGGAAUCAGUAGUCAAGAACAUGCUAAACAUAAGGGAUUCAAGGCACUGAGAAACAGAGUGGCAAAACACAGGUUUUCCACAAUGGAAUCAUCAGUACAUGAAUCUAGGAGACAUAGAAGCCAAAGCAACACUUCCCCUUCAAGGAAAUCCUGGGAGAACCUUCCUAGUGGCCUUUUACUUUUAAAACAAAAGAAUCCACUAAAUAUUUCAGGUGGGGUGUGGCAUUUGGCUUCUGAGAAAGGUAGUUACGAAGUAAUCCAGGAUGCUGAUGAAGACACGGGUACUAGUAAAGUGCUGAAUAGCCCCCCAAAUGCCUCAGAAACAUGGGGAGAAAGCAUUCCUUCAACAAACAUGCAUAGAGCACUGAGUGACAAUCCAAAACGUUUUGGAAUUAAACAUAAAUCUCUGCGUAUAAGACAGAAUGGAAGAAAUGGGGGACUGAAGAAAAACACUUUUUUCAUUAGGACACGUAAAAAGAAAAGGGAAGGGAAAUUUCCACAUCAUGUUCUUCUAUCUCCAAGAAGUUUUCAUCUUCCAGGAGGAAACACUAAUACCACAUUUUCAGACAAGACACUUGUUCAUUCAUUGCCAUUUCAUAAGUCCAACCAAACGUCUCUUCCUAUAGGCCUCAAUCAGACUUUCACCUCUAUGAAUUUUGAUCUGAUAGCCUCACUCCCUAAUCAUAAUCAGAACUCCCCAAAUGAGACCAAUCAGACAAGCUCCCCUCUAGAUUUUAAUCCCACGAAGUCUCUAGAGGAGCACACUCAAACAUCCCUUAUUCAAAGUUCUAAUCAAACAUACUCCACCAGAGAAUCCAGUCAUAGAUCUUCACCUCCAGAACUUGCCCAGAUGCUUGACAAUGACCCAAGAAAUAAGACUUUCCCUGCUGACAUUGGUCAAAUGUUCCCUUCCUUGGAACCUGAAGUCUGGCUAACAACCAUGUCUCCAGACCUCAGACAACAAUCCCUUUCUCCAGAACUCAAUCAGAAAGAUCUUUCCAAAGACUCUGGUCAGAUUCCCCUUUCUCCAGACUUGAGUCAGACAAUCCUUUCUCCAGAUUUUAGCCAAGAGACCCUUCCCCUAGAUCUUAGCCAGGAGACGCUUUCUUCGGACGUUAGUCAGACAACCUUUCUCCCAUAUUUCAAGCAUGAAACUCUUUCCCCAGAUUUCAAUCAGGAGACUUUCUUUCCAGACCUUGGUCAAACAACCUUAUCUCCACAUAUCAGUCAGGAAACUUUCUCUCCAGACCAUAGACAGACAACAGUUUCCCCAGAUCUCAGCCAGGAGACCCUUCCCAUAGAUGUAAUUCAAAUGACCAUUUCUCCAGAUCUCAGCCAGGAGGAGAACCAAUUCCCCAAUCUCAGUCAGACAACUCUCUCUGCAGGUGUCAGUGGGACAACCCUUCCUGAACUUAGACAAACAUCAAACCUUGAUCAGAUAUCUAAUAUUUCAGAGUCUAGCCAACCAUUGCCUCUUUCAGAAUUUGGUCAUACUUUACCUUUACCAGAUCUGGAUCAGAUGUCAUCUUCAGCAACCAAUAACACUUUUACAUCAAGGGACGUCAACCCACUGGUGGUGGUAGGCCUCAGUAAAGCUGAUGGAGAUUACAUUGAGAUCAUUCCAAGGGAAAAGGAAAAGAGCAGUGAAGAAGACUAUGUUGUAAUGGAUUACGUGACCUAUGAUGACCCUUAUCAAACUGAUUUUAGGACAGACAUUAAUUCCUCCAGAAAUCCUGACAACAUUGCAGCAUGGUACCUUCGCAGCAAAAAUGGAAACAGGAAAAAUUAUUUCAUUGCUGCUGAAGAAAUAUACUGGGAUUAUUCAAAAUUUUCACAAAGUGAAAUGGAUAAUGACAAUAUGGAUGAUGUCCCAGAGGAUACUGUUUAUAAGAAAGUGGUUUUUCGAAAGUAUCUUGAUAUCUCCUUUACCAAACGUGACCCUCGGGGGGAGUACGAAGAGCAUCUUGGCAUCCUUGGUCCUGUUAUUAGAGCUGAAGUGGGUGAUGUUAUCCAAGUUCGUUUUAAAAAUUUAGCAUCCAGACCAUAUUCUCUUCAUGCCCAUGGACUUUCCUAUGAGAAAUCAUCAGAGGGAAAGACCUAUGAAGAUGAUUCUCCCGAAUGGUUUCAGGAGGACAAUGCAAUUCAGCCAAACAGCACAUAUACAUAUGUGUGGCAUGCCACUGAGCGUUCGGGGCCAGAAGUCCCUGGCUCUGCUUGUCGGGCCUGGGCCUACUACUCAGCUGUGAACCCGGAAAAAGAUAUCAAUUCAGGUUUGAUAGGUCCCCUUGUCAUCUGUCAAAGGGGAACACUUCAUAAAGAAAGCAACAUGCCUGUGGAUAUGAGGGAAUUUGUCUUACUUUUUAUGAUCUUUGAUGAAAAAAAGAGUUGGUACUAUGAAAAGAAGCCCCAAAGAUCUUGGAGACUCCCAUCUUCAGAAGGAAAACACAGCCAGGAGUUUCACGCCAUUAAUGGGAUGAUUUACAAAGUGCCUGGUCUUCGAAUGUAUGAGCAGGAGUGGGUGAGACUGCACCUGCUGAACACAGGCAGUGCUCGAGAUAUUCAUGUGGUUCACUUCCAUGGCCAGAUCCUUCUGGAAAAUGGCACUCAACAGCAUCAGUUGGGGGUGUGGCCCCUUCUGCCUGGUUCAUUUAAAACUCUUGAAAUGAAGGCAUCCAAACCUGGCUGGUGGCUCUUAGACACACAGAUUGGAGAAAACUAUAGAGCGGGAAUGCAAACGCCAUUUCUCAUCAUAGACAAAGAAUGCAAGAUGCCAAUGGGACUAAGUACUGGGCUCAUAACUGAUCCACAGAUCAAGGCUUCUGAGUAUUUGAAUUAUUGGAAGCCAAAUUUAGCAAGACUAAACAAUGGUGGGUCAUAUAAUGCCUGGAUUGCAGAAAAGCCUUCAGAAGAAUUUGACUCUAAGCCAUGGAUCCAGGUGGACAUGCAAAGAGAAGUUUUACUCACAGGAAUCCAGACUCAAGGUGCCAAGCAUUACCUGAAGUCCUACUACACCACUGAGUUCUAUGUGGCCUACAGCUCUGAUCAGACACACUGGCAGAUCUUCAAAGGGAACAGUACCGAGAAUGUGAUGUAUUUUGUUGGAAAUUCAGAUGCCUCUUCGAUAAAAGAGAACCAGUUCGACCCACCUAUCAUGGCUAGAUAUAUUAGGAUCUCUCCUACCUUGUCCUAUAACAAACCUGCUCUUCGAAUGGAGCUGCAAGGCUGUGAAGUUAAUGGAUGCUCCACACCAUUGGGUAUGGAGAGUGGAAAGAUAGAAAACAAGCAGAUCACAGCGUCGUCCUUCAAAAAAUCUUGGUGGGGAGAUUACUGGGAACCCUCUCGGGCCCGUCUCAAUGCCCAAGGCCGAGUGAAUGCCUGGCAAGCUCAGGCAAACAACAAUAAGCAGUGGUUACAGAUUGAUCUGCUCACUGUCAAGAAGAUAACUGCCAUCAUCACUCAAGGCUGUAAAUCUCUGUCUUCUGAGAUGUAUGUGAAGAGUUACACCAUCCAGUAUAGCUACCAGGGAGUGGAAUGGAAACCUUACAGGCACAAGUCCUCCAUGGUAGACAAGAUUUUUGAAGGAAACAUUAAUAUAAAAGGCCAAGUGAAGAAUUUUUUUAACCCCCCAAUUAUUUCCAGAUUUAUCCGUAUUAUCCCUAAAACAUGGAAUCAAAGUAUUGCUCUUCGCCUGGAACUCUUUGGCUGUGAUAUUUACUAGGAUUGAAGAGUCAACAAGACAGCAGGGACUCUGAAAAAUAUCAAACCAUUUACGGAAGGCAAUUCACUUUAAAGCUUUUUAAAAUAUUAAUGAUCAUCUACUAUGUCCCUUAUUUUCUAUUAGAGAAUAAAAUGCUAUAUAUGAAACCA